AUGGCUGCACUUCCUCCACCCAAUCCCAAUCCUAACCCCAACCCCAGGCCUAAUCCUAGGCUAAUGAAAGACUUUGGUAGUCCCCAAGUAGGAACUUCACCAUCUUGUAUAGUGCUUACCAAUGCAGGGCGGAAUUAUGAGUUAAAGACGGUUCAUUACAAUCAAUUGCCGUCUUUUCAUGGUUCAGGAACCGAGGAUGCCCUCACCUUCAUUAGGGAUUUCUACGGGGUAGUCCAAAACUUUCCGUUGAAUGACCUAACGGAGGAUGAAUUGAGAAUGAGGUGUUUCCCUUACACCUUGAAAGAUGCAGCAAAGACAUGGUUCAUGUCUCUCACACCGGGGUCCCUUCGGACAUGGCCGGAGGUGUACAACAAAUUCAUAGGUAAAUUCUAUUCACAUGCCAAGACUUCCGAAUUAAGAAGAAAAAUUGCGACUUUUUCGCAAGCUGAAGGCGAACCAUUUCAUGAGGCAUGGGAAAGGUUUAAAAUGUUGCUCAUUAAAUGCCCCCACCAUGGCUACCCGUUGGAGCUGCAAAAUCAAACAUUCUAUGAUGGUUUGACCCAAACCAGCCAAUCAAUAGUUGAUAAUGCGGCUGGAGGUGCCAUGGCAGAAAAAACUGCGGAGGAGACCUUAGCGUUGUAUGAAAUGCUAGGAGCAAACUCCCAACAAAAAAGCAUAAGGGGGCGGACACCAGGAAUGUAUGAAGUUAGCUCAAAUUCUGAUUUGACGGCGUAUAUGUCUGAGUUAACAAAACAAAUGACAAGCAUGUGUUCUAUGAUGAGUAUGAACCAAAAGAAUGCAUGUAUGAUUGAAGAAACUGACAAUGUUGAGCAGGUCAGUGCAAUGAACAAUUUUAAUCAAAGGCCAAGAAAUGACCUGUAUUCCAAUUCUUAUAAUCCGGGGUGGAAGAAUCACCCUAAUUUUUCAUGGGGUAGUAAUCAAAAUUAUCAAUCAACUGAUCCACCUCAACCAAAAAGACCAUCUUUGGAGGAUUCAUUGAAUACUUUGGUACAAGCCUGCAAUAGACAGCAGGAAACAACGGAGCAGCAAUUCAAGAUGCAACAAGAAGCAAGUGAACGACGAUUUCAACAACAUGAAGCUUCAAUGAAAAAAUUGGAAGCACAAAUAGGGCAAAUCGCCGAAGCUCUACAAGGCCAUGUGCCAGGUAAGUUGCCCAGCCAACCUGAACAAGCUAAGGUUUUGACUGUUUUAAGAAGUGGUAAAGUUAUUGAAAAUAAUGUGAAAGCAAGUACCACUCCUAAACAAACUGAAAUAGUUGAAAACUUGAAUGUUGAUGAUGAUAUUAAUAAUGAUAAACCCAAGUUGCAUAAAUCUGAUGAUCCUUAUGUGCCCCCUAAGCCUUAUGUUCCCCCGGUUCCAUUCCCCGGUAGAUUAAGGAAUUCAAAAUUUGAUAAAUCAUUUUCUGACAUUUAUGAUUUGUUGUCAAAAGUGAAUGUGAAUUUACCAUUGUUAGACAUGAUUAAAAAUAUGCCUGCUUAUGCUAAGUUUUUAAAAGAAUUGAACACUAGAAAGCGUAGAUAUGAACAUAAUGAAAAAGUUUUCAUGUCUAAAACUGUAAGUGCUUUUUUGCAAACUAACUUGCCUCCAAAAUUAGAAGACCCUGGUAGUUUCAUAAUAAAUAUUACAGUGGGGAAUUCUAAGCAAGAAAAGGCUAUGCUUGAUUUAGGGGCAAGCAUUAACUUGAUGCCAUAUUUUGUCUACUUGCAGUUAGGUCUGGAUAAAUUGAAACCUACUACAAUGUCCUUAGAGCUUGCUGAUCGUUCUGUCAGAUAUCCUAGAGGCAUUGUAGAAGAUGUUUUAGUCCAAGUUGACAAAUUAAUAAUUCCUGCUGACUUUGUCGUAUUAGACAUAAAUAAAAAGUAUAAUUAUGAGCAGGACAUGCCUAUCUUGCUUGGCCGACCUUUCAUGGCCACAACAAAAACAAUGAUUGAUGUUCAAAAUGGAAAAUUAACCAUGACUGUGCUUGAUGAAACUAUUGAAUUCUCCAUUCUUAAAUCAAUGAAACUGCCUGAAAACAAUAAUAAUCAUUGUUUUGCUGUAGAUGUUUUAGAUUCAAUAAUUUCUGCUAAGUUUUUAGAUCAAUAUCCGUUGAAGGUCGAGGUUGAUGACGUGGAACACGACGAAAGCCCAAUAAAAGAGGGGAGUGUUGAAGGAGGUUCAGUUACAUGUCUGGAGCAAAUCAAGGGAAAACACCGUCCUUCUAUCGAAGCUGAAAUUCCACCCACGCUGGAACUAAAACCUCUUCCUAGUUCUUUAAAAUAUGCUUUCUUAGGUCCAAAUAAUACUUAUCCUGUAAUAAUUGCCUCUGACAUUUCACUUGAACAAGAACAAAGUCUGCUAGACGUAUUACAAAAGUAUAAAAGUGCAAUUGGUUGGACAGUAGGAGAUAUUAAAGGAAUAAGUCCAACGGUUUGUAUGCACCGUAUCCUUCUUGAAGAAGGGUCAACUCCUGUCCGUCAACCUCAGCGCAGGUUAAAUCCAAAUAUGAAGGAGGUUGUACGGGCAGAAGUCCUAAAGUUGCUGGACUCAGGUAUUAUUUACCCAAUUUCAGACAGUAAAUGGGUAAGUCCAGUUCAUGUAGUGCCAAAAAAGUCUGGGAUUACUGUGGUCAAUAAUGACAAAAAUGAAUUAAUCCCAACUAGGACAGUAACUGGGGGAAUCGAGGUUGAUAAGGCUAAAAUUGAUGUUAUUUCGAAAUUACCUCCCCCUACUUCUGUAAAAGAAGUGCGAAGUUUUCUUGGUCAUGCAGGUUUUUACAGGCGCUUCAUAAAAGAUUUUUCAAAAAUUUGUAAGCCUUUAUGUAACCUGCUUUCAAAAGAUGUUGUUUUCAAAUUUGAUGAUGACUGCUUAUCUGCUUUCAAGUUUUUAAAAGAAAAAUUAACUUCGGCUCCCGUCCUUGCUGCACCUAAUUGGGAGUUUCCUUUUGAAAUAAUGUGUGAUGCAUCUGAUUAUGCCAUAGGCGCUGUUUUAGGACAAAGAAUUAAUAAAAUGCCUUAUGUGAUUCAUUAUGCGAGCAGAACUUUGGAUAGUGCUCAGGCUAACUAUACAACUACUGAAAAGGAGUUGUUGGCUAUAGUCUUUGCAUUAGAAAAAUUCCGUUCUUACUUGAUUGGUUCUAAGGUGAUUGUUUAUUCUGAUCAUUCUGCUCUAAAAUUUUUGUUGGCUAAAAAAGAUGCUAAACCUAGACUAAUAAGAUGGAUUCUAUUGCUGCAAGAGUUUGAUUUGACUAUCAGGGACAAGAAAGGUUGCGAGAAUGUGGUAGCCGAUCAUUUGUCCCGUCUACCCGAAGCAGCUAAUAACUAUCCUAAUUAUGAUAUUCCUAUUAAUGACAGGUUUCCAGGUGAACAAUUGCUUUCUUUACAGAACACAGAACCUUGGUAUGCUGACAUUGUGAAUUAUUUAGUCUCGGGUCAAUUUCACCCAGACUUAAAUUCACAAGGAAAAAAACAUUUUCUUUCCAAAGUAAAACAUUUUUUUUGGGAUGAGCCUUAUUUGUUUAAAAUUUGUCCUGAUCAAAUAAUUAGAAGGUGUAUUCCUGAGCUUGAACAACAGAAUAUUUUGAAUCACAGUCACACUUUAAAUUGCGGAGGACAUUUUAGUGGGAAGAGAACUGCAUUGAAAGUUUUGCAGUCUGGUUUUUAUUGGCCCACUUUGUUCAAGGAUGCGUUUGAAUUUUGUGCUAAGUGUGAUAGAUGCCAGAGAACUGGUAAUAUAAGUAAGCGUCAUGAAAUGCCCCUCUCAAAUAUUUUGGUCAUUGAUCUCUUUGAUGUUUGGGGAAUUGAUUUUAUGGGGCCUUUUCCUACUUCUUUUGGUUAUAAUUAUAUUCUUGUGGCUGUUGAUUAUGUAUCAAAAUGGGUUGAAGCUGUAGCUACUCGGACAAAUGAUAGUAAAGUUGUUCUACAGUUUUUGAAAGAUAUUUUUGCCAGGUUUGGGGUACCAAGAGCUAUUAUUAGCGAUGAAGGUACCCACUUCUGUAAUAAACUUUUUGCAGGUCUUCUGAAAAAAUAUGGCAUUACUCAUAGAGUGGUUACUCCAUAUCAUCCACAAACCUCUGGCCAAGUAGAGGUGAGUAACAGGCAGAUCAAGGGGAUAUUGGAAAAGACGGUGAAUCCUUCUAGGAAGGAUUGGGCCAUCAAACUUAAUGAUGCACUGUGGGCUUACAGGACAGCCUACAAGACCCCGAUUGGUAUGAGCCCGUACAGGUUGGUAUUUGGCAAGGCUUGUCAUUUGCCAGUAGAGUUAGAACAUAAAGCUUAUUGGGCUAUUAAAUUUCUAAAUUUUGAUUUGCAGAAGGCUGGUAGAAUUAGAAAAUUAAAUUUGAAUGAAUUAGAUGAAAUAAGAAAUGACUCCUAUGAAAACUCGAAAAUCUAUAAAGAGAAGACUAAAGCUUAUCAUGAUAAGUUUAUUUUGAGGAAAAAAUUUGAACCUGGGAUGAAAGUUUUGUUAUUUAACUCUCGUUUGAGAUUGUUUCCAGGUAAGUUAAAAUCUAGAUGGACAGGACCUUUUGUGGUUCGUGAGGUAUUUCCUCACGGUGCCUGUGAAAUUGAAAAUCCAAGAACAGGUGAAAAAUUUAAGGUAAAUGGGCAAAGACUUAAGCAGUACCUCGAGGGUGAAUCUUCAGCCCAGAUUGUUGAACGGAUAGAGUUGCAGCACUCUGAAUGCCCAUAGUUGUCUAGCUACAGACAAUAACUGA